AUGGUCAAGGCAGGCUUGUUGGGCUUCGCGGGCCGCCGCAAGUCCCAGGGCAACAUCAUGGAAGAGGCAAGGUCAAUGCCCGGUCCCGAUGCUGCACCCGGGGCCGAGUCGCCUUCAGGGGGUGGAGGCGGUUUCCGUUUGAUGACCACAAGCGAGGCAGAGGCGCGGAAGACGGAGGAGAAGCGCCGAGCACAGGAAAAAUCUGCCUCCAAAUUUCGGCCCUUCAGCAGCUUCAGUGCAGGUAACAAGGCGCGGAAUCGCUCUUUCGACGAAGACUCGCCAGGAUCCUCGAAACGGGAUAGUAAGUCGAGCAGUGGAACACAAUCAUCGCGCCCCUACAAUAACAAUAAUAACGGCCAAUACGGCUCAACUUCCACCCUCCCAUCCUCCGCAGACACAGACCCGAACGACAACAUCUUUGCAAUUCCAAGGCCACACAUGUCACAGCACAGCAGCUCGCCGAGUGGCCUGUCCGCAAACACGUACAAGAAGCAGCUGCCGGCAGUACCCCAAUCAGAAUACAGAGGCUAUGGAGAGCCCACGUCGCCUGCAGGUGGCAUCGGGCGCGUUCGUGCAAUGACAUCGUCUAGCUAUGCCAGUACCGCCAAAGCACCGACCCUAGACGCCGACAUGAACUUCGGUUCAACCGACUUCGACGACCUUUUUACUGGACUUGACCGGAAACCGUCCCCUGAACAUGCCGCCGAAUCCCCCGGCCGUUCCCUUUUGGCGGGUAAACGAACAUUCCACGCGGAGCCAAUCAAGAUUGACCGCAAGCUGGAGGUUGAAGCUCCGCUCAAAUCGUGGGAUUCCCGUGGCUCCGCUGACAAUCUUAUGUCAUCCCCACGUUCGCCCGAGGAUGACUCUCCGCCGCCCCCUGUUCCUCCUCACAAAUAUGGCCACUACGCCCCCGUCGCCUCUUACAGUCCCGAGCUGAACGACGCUAACGACUACAUCGACAACGACACACCGGUAGUUCGUCAACCUGUCAUGUCCCAAAAAUCACAGCGCGAAAGCUCCCCCGAGCAAGAACCUACCUCGAAAUCGUCCUCGUCCGCCCCUUCGCUGGAGACACCACUCUCGUCGCGUUCAGGUUCCGACAUCACAACACCAAAGGCUGCGUUGCGCACUGUGACUUCCCCUAUAUCUGAAGAUGGAGAUGAUGACAUCUUCGCGUCGCCUAGAUCAAAACAAGUUGCGGUGCCCAAACCUGCCGCAUCGACUCUGAGGGGAGAGCCUCGGCCGCAGCCUCCCGCGAGCGAGUCCGGUCGACGCGUCCUCACACAAGCUGAGUUCCGCGCACAGCAACAACGAGCAAUGGUGCAACCGCAAGAUGAUAGUUCCGACGAGGAAGACUACGAGGAUGAAGAGGAGGCGCAAGAGAGGGCGGCACAAGAAGCGAUAGCUCGGCGUAAGAAACAACAAAUGGACCUGGCAAGAGAUCACAUGCGUCGGACAACCACUGCGCCAGCAAGUCUUAAUCGUCCGGAUAGCACCAGUGAACCUUUCUCCAUGGGCUUCCCAUCCGAAACAUCAUUACAAGCGGACGAGUGGGAGGAUGAAGAUGUACCGUUAGGCAUACUUGCGCAGCACGGGUUCCCCAAUAAGGCCCAUAGCAAAGGUCCGGCCCAACCCGCCAAUGCGAUGCCGUCCUACCUCCCCGACCGACCAGCUUCUGCUGGACCGAGUGAUAACCGCGCCUCCACAUUCCGACCCGUUUUCGCACGAAAUUUGCCGGAUGAUCCGCACGUUUCGUUCAUCGGAGGAGGGUUGGUUCGACCAUCGAACCGAGAAUCACUGGGAUUCAACAAUCGGGGCCCUGCUUCGAUCGCAGGUGACUCUGUUGGUAACCUGCACAUGAACAUGCCUAUGAUGGGCUACCCUGAGCCUCAACUGUCCCAGCCGUCAUUAGUCGAGCAGAUACAUAUGCGCGACAUGACCAAGCAAAAGUAUAUGGGCGGUGCGUCUAACAAAAAGCCGCUGGAAGGACCUUUCACCGGAAUGCUUGGAGCGCAGAUGAACCCGCCUAUCCAGUCUGGAGCUGGCACUCGUAUGUCUAUGAUGCCCGGGAUGGGAAUGGGCAUGAACAUGAACAUGAUGAACUCCCCUGUGGGCACGCCUAUGAUGGGCGGUCAGAUGGGCGGUCAGAUGGGAUACCCAAUGCAACAGAACGACAUGAUGCAGAUGCAGCACUUCCAGCAGAUGCAACAGAUGCUUGCAGCACAACAGAUGCAGAUCCAACAGAUGCAGAUGCAGCACGCUCAAGAUCCACGCAUGUCGAUGGCAUUUCCAGGCAACAUGUCAGACCCACGCAUGUCAAUGGCGUUCCCUAACCAGCAGAUGGUGCCGCCGCAACAAGACCCGCGCAUGUCGAUUGCCGCACCCAGCCUCCUCAACGUCCCUUCCGUACAGCGACCGAUGUCUAUAAUGCCAGUCGGCAACCAACAGACACCGCAACCCCCGCGGCCCUACUCAACACCCAUUGGUGGCUCCAUGGCACCGCCACCGCAACUGAAUGGCUACACGCCGUCGAUAGCACCCUCGGAGAGGUCAAAUAUCGGUCUCUCAGCACGCUAUCGUCCCGUGGCGACCCACACUGAUGCUAAGUCCAGUUCCUCGAUGACCUUGCAAGCGUCCGGCGGUGUAAGUCAAAAUCCUGUGAUGGUCAAGGGCAUUCUCAAGAACAAAUCCCCUGUGGCGCAAGAAGAUGACGACGAUGGGUGGGGCAAGAUGGCCGCCAGGAAGAGGAAAUUUGAUGUUAAUGGCGGAGCAAAAGGAGGCGCCGAUGAUUCAUUGCACGAGCUUGUCCGCGGCAUGGACGCGCUUUAG